AAAAGCAGCACCAGGAAGAGGAUGAAGUUGACUCCGUUCUCCUUUCAGCGUCCAAGAUCCUAAAUUCUUCGGAGGGGGUGAAGGAAAGUGGCUGCAGUGACACAGAUGAGGAAACGGGCACAGAGAGGUUAACUCCCUAAGGUCACACAGGCAGCGAGGAAUGGAGCGGGCAUUCAGCAGGGCGGCUCCGGACUGCCUGUCUUCACCACCACGCUAUGCUACGUUGCUUCUCUGAAUGCUAAGAAUUGUUGAGUUUUUUGGACACACACUAAAACGGUAUGCAGUCAGCCCUCGGUAUCUGGGAGUUCCGCAUCCUUGGAUUCAACCAACCACAGAUGGAAAAUAUUCAGCGGAAAAAAAAACAAUUUAAAAAUAACAAUACCACAUUUUUUAAAUGCAAAUUUUGAACAGUAUAACGGCCAUUUACAUAGCAUUUACAUUGUAUAAGGUAUUACAAGUAAUCGAGAGAUGAUUUAACGUAUACAACAGGAUACGCAUAGAAGCUAUGCAAAUACUACCCCAUUUUGUAUUAGGGACUUGAGCAUCUGCAGAUUUUGCUAUCCGCAGAGGCUCUGGAACCAAUCCCCUGUGGAUAUCCAGGGAGGAGUGUAUGCCUUUUCCAAAGAAAACUACUUUUUACAGUCCUUCAGCAGCAGAUGGAAUCAUUUCAGGCUUUGCGAAUGCAGACUUUGCAGAAUGUCAGCAUGUUACAGUUGGAAAUCAGUGAAAUAUUGAACAAAAGUAUUACUGAAGUAGAAAACCCACAAUUUAGCUCAGAAAAAAAUCUGGCGUUUGGCACGCGCAUUGAAAAGGAUUUGCCUACAGAGAAUCAAGAAGAAAACCUUUCUAUGGAGAAAAGUCAUCAUUUUGAGGAUUCCAAGACACUUCAUUCAGUGGAAGAAAAAUUAAGUGGUGAUAGUGUGAACAGUCUCCCUCAAAGUGUAAAUGUUCCAUCCCAGAUACAUUCUGAGGACACAUUAACUCUGAGAACUUCAACAGACAAUUUAUCUUCAAACAUAAUUAUACACCCUUCAGAAAAUUCUGCCAUCUUGAAGAAUUAUAAUAACUUUUAUCGUUUUCUACCUACUGCACCUCAAAAUGUGAUGUCUCAAGCUGAUACAGUAAUUCUGGAUAAAUCCAAAAUUACUGUGCCUUUUCUCAAGCAUGGAUUUGGUGAAAAUUUAGACGACGUUUGCCAUUCUAUCAAACAAAUGAAAGAAGAGCUUCAAAAGUCACAUGAUAGGGAAGUGGCACUUACAAAUGAACUUCAGACUUUACAAACUGAUCCCAAUGUUCAAAGAAAUGGUAAAUAUGACCUGUCCCCUAUUCACCAGGAAAAAAUGAGCUUUAUUAAGGAAGAAAACAUGGGCGGUAACUUAAAUGAAGAUGUAAAAUCAAAGAGAAUUUCAGAAUUAGAGGCAUUAGUAAACAAAUUACUCCCCUUCAGAGAAACAGUGUCAAAAUUUCAUGUGAAUUUUUGUAGAAAAUGUAAAAAGUUAUCUAAGAGUGAAAUACACAGGGGAAAUAAAAAUGAGAAAAAUAAUAAAGAAAUUCCCAUCACUGGCAAAAAUAUUACAGAUUUAAAAUUCCAUUCCAGAGUUCCAAGAUACACACUGUCAUUCCUCAACGAAACAAAACAUGAAAUGAAAGACAAAGAAAGACAACCAUUUCUAGUAAAACAAGGAUCAAUAAUAUUUGAAAAUGAGAAAACUUCCAAAGUUAAUUCUGUUACUGAGCAGUGUGUUGCAAAAAUUCAGUACUUACAGAAUUACCUAAAAGAAUCUGUGCAGAUACAGAAAAAAGUAACAGAACUGGAGAAUGAAAAUCUAAACCUUAAGUCCAAAAUGAAACCUCUUAUCUUUACCACACAAUCUCUCAUACAGAAAGUUGAAACAUAUGAAAAGCAACUUAAGAAUCUGGUUGAAGAAAAGAGUACUAUUCAGUCUAAGUUAAGUAAAACAGAAGAAGACAGCAAAGAAUGUCUUAAAGAAUUAAAAAAAAUAAUUAGUAAAUAUAAUGUUCUGCAAGGUCAAAAUAAAACUCUAGAGGAAAAAAAUAUACAACUUUCUUUAGAGAAGCAACAAAUGAUGGAAGCAUUAGAUCAACUAAAAAGUAAGGAACACAAAACUCAAAGUGAUAUGGCCAUCGUCAAUAAUGAAAAUAAUCGAAUGAGCAUAGACAUGAAAGCAAUGAAAACCAAUAUUCUAUUGAUACAAGAUGAAAAAGAAAUGUUAGAGAAAAAAACAAACCAGCUUCUAAAAGAAAAAAGCUCAUUUGAAAAUGAACUAAAAGAAAGCCAGCUAGAGAUAAUGCAGCUAAAAGAAAAAGAAAGAUUGGCAAAAACAGAACAAGAGACACUUCUUCAAAUAAUAGAAACAGUUAAAGAUGAAAAAUUCAACCUUGAAACAACAUUACAAGAAUCUACUGCUGCCAGACAAAUUAUGGAAAGAGAAAUUGAGAAUAUUCAAACCCACCAAUCUACUGCCAAAGAGAAUUUUCUGCAAGAAAUAAAAAAUGCAAAAUCAGAAGCAAGUAUUUAUAAGAAUAGCUUGUCAGAAAUUGGCAAGGAAUGUGACAUGUUAUCGAAAAUGGUAAUGGAAACCAAAACAGAUAAUCAGAUUCUAAAAGAAGAACUAAAGAAACAUAGUCAAGAAAAUAGAAAACUUGAAAACAGCAUCAGUAGACUUACUGAAGACAAAAUACUUUUAGAAAAUUACGUAAGAAGCAUAGAAAAUGAAAGGGAUACCUUGGAGUUUGAGAUGCGGAAUCUUCAACGAGAAUAUUCAAGUUUAAGUGAUAAAAUUUGUACUCAGCAUAAUGACCCUUCAAAAACAACUUAUAUUUCAAGAAGAGAGAAAUUCCAUUUUGAGAACUAUACUCACGAAGAUACUUAUAGUCCUCGGAGUAGGCCUUUGGCUUCUGAUUUUAAAGGUGGAAACAUUACACUGACAAUACGCAUGCCUGCCCUGGCUCCAGAGGAAACACAAUCUCUAGCUUCCGAGGUUGCAAGCACACCUGUCCUGUGCUCCAGAGACACUCUGUCUUCCAAGACUGCUAUUCAAAUAUUCCUUGUAGAAUUUUGUCCAAUGCUUUUUCUAUGUUUAUUGAGGUUAUCUCAAAGUUAAAGAGACAGAACUCUCAAGCAUCAUUAGGAUUUCUUACAAUUGCUAAGAAACUCCCUUCGAGAAUUAGCCAAUGUUAAUGUGUACUGCUAACUGAACUAUGAAUAUCUAACUAGUCUCAAAUAACUCAUAAUGAGGCGCUAUAGAUUUGCUUUAAAAAUUAUGCACAGAAUGGUUUGGUGCAGAUAACUUAAGCUUUUUCAGCUGGGAAUUUCAGAAGAUGGGGGAGAACUUCUACAAGGGAGGGCAGGUACCUGUACAUGGAAGGUGCUGAGAUGUCUAAAGUCACCCACAUUUGUCAUUUUAAAAAGUAUAUAUAAAUAAAAGAUACUAUUUUGAAGAA